UGCGCCUUUCCCCCCAUAGAGCGCACCAUGUACGCUACGCAGCAAAAGGAUGUGUGAGCAGGCAGCGCGCUAUUGCAGGGACGGCGUCCACAAACUGCUCAACAAAGAACAAGCCAAACUCCGGGCCCAGGACAGCAAAGACCAGCCACCAAACCCCGUAGCCGACCUGGUGCUGGACAGCGAGUCCGCGACGGCAGCACAGACCGGAAACAGCGGCGCUCAGCCCGGUGGUAUCGACGGGCUCGUCCGCUGGAUCGUAACCAAGAUGAGUGACAACAAGAACAUCUCCAGCCGGGAAUUCGCCGGCAGCCGGGAGGAGGUCGCCGUGGCUCAGGAGCAUUUUUACGCUCCUGAACCGCGCAAAGGCAUCGCCGUCAUUCUAGACAUAUUCCGAAGAGCUGAUAAAGACGGUAAGUCAUCCAGGAUUUUUCUUUCCAUAAAUGGCUUUCGAAAAAGGAUCUGCCAACUGGAUAUCAACGCGACUGUAAUGCCAAUGCACCAGGUGCCUACAUUGUGGAUCUCCAUUCCUGCACAGGUGUACGAGAGGGGGUCCAACGUGGAGCAGUUUGUGACCCGUUUCCUGCUCAAGGAGUCAGCCAAUCAGAUCCAGUCACUGCUGAGCUCCGUAGAGAGUGCCGUGGAUGCGAUUGACGAGCAGCAUAGCCAAACAGGACACCACCCAGCCAAAGGGAGCCCGCGCAUGGCUGAGAAGCGCUAUGACAACGCCGUGCCUGACUACCCCCCUAACAACAGAGUCAGCGUCAAGGAGACCGCCAGGGCCCUCACCACGGCCUCAGGUGCCGUGGAGGUCAGGAAAGAGGGUCUCGAACAACAGAUCAACCGCCUGGCAGAGUUAAUCGGACGCAUGGAGAACAAGACGGUCUGGUUUGAUCUGCACCAGCGGCUAACAGACACGGACGGCACCGCCAGCGCAUCCUUGCUGCUGGUGCGUCAGGAGAUGGUGGUUUCCCAGAAGAAGUUGGGGGAGUUUUGUGAAGCUCUUAAGCAGUACCUGAAGAAUGUGUCGGCCCAGCGAGACUGCUUCCAUGUGACUGCAGUCAGGUUGCCAGAUGGCUUGUCCUUUGUCGUCUACGAGUUCUGGGAUGGAGAGGAGGAGUGGAAGAGGCACCUGCAGUCGGCACCUAUCAAAACCUUUCAGCAUGUGAAGGUGGACACACUAUGCCAGCCUGAAGCCGUGUCCACUGUAGCUGUGCCAGCUGCCUGGUGCAGUCUGAACAGAGAAUGAGGACUGAGACGUUUGACGGCACGCCACCACACCUGGACAGACCUACCCUCCUUAAGACCCGCCUCCUGCCACCCACCCAUCCUCCCCCCCCCUUUUUCUUAGCUAUCUAUACCCCCCCCCCACCCACCCACCCACCCACCCACCCACCCACCCAGCAUUACCACCUUCGCCCGCCUCCUGUCCCUCCCGCCCCUUCCCAACCAGAAAACACAUAGCCCUACACCCCCUUGUCUUUGUAAGUAUGCUACAUGUUUACACGGGGCAAAUGAAUGGCAGCACUUGCAUUGGAUACUGAAACAAGGGUAAGGGGGCAAGGUGAGAUGACUUUACAUACUUUCCAAUCUCACCCAAGGCAGCCUCGCCUUGGAUUGGUUUACUAUAUCAGCUCACCGAAUAGUACACAGACUUCCAUGUAGCAAAGAUCAUGUUUUUUGUAUUGAAGAUAGAGGCUCAGAUUUGAUUUGUAUGAUUUCGAUGAUUAGAUGUAGCCGUCAUUGUAAUAGAAGAUGCUCGAUUUCACUGGUGUUGUUCAACAAAGGUGUGCCCCAACGGAGACCGCGCGUCGUCCCUAACUGAAGUCCAACGGCUCGGAGGGUGUUAUUAAUUAAUUACAGCACUUUAACCGAUGUCAUUCAAGCUAGGCAUAACAGCUUGUUGCCGUGGCGAAGCAGGGAGGCACUACGGAUAAUACAACACAGCGUCACUCGAUGUAGCAGUAGGAUUAGAGGGAUCGGAUGUUCAUGUAGCUUCCAUUUCAUGCACCGUAGUAGCAUUAGGGCCGGUACGGUUCCUGUACACAGUAACGCCAUGGUCAUUUAGGGGCGGACCAGACUGGAUUGCCUUGUUGUUAAUGUGAAGGUUUCACAUCAACCGCUACAAACUGUUUGCUGCUACCGUAAGAUGGAGAACAACAUAUCGGCAGCAACAUCCUAAAGCAGUUUAGAAUCCUUUUGUUUGCCUUGUUUAUGGUCACAAUUGGCAGAUAGCCUAUAUUAGUUGUCUAGUAACUACUUUACAUAUGAGAAACAGUGUACUGAUAUUAUUAGAUUUGUUUUAUGUAUUUUAGUGCUACAGUGCAACUUUCUCUUAAAAUAAGUGGUGGGGGCUUAGCCCCAACAAUGGCUGGUUUCAAAAUGGAUAUUAGGUUACACAUCCUCAUAAUUAUGAAUCAGAAUUUCAAGAGGGCAACAUUUGAAUGACAUGAAGAUAAUGCCUUAAAUAUCGCACCCUAUGGUGAGUUAUAAAUGUAAAGGAGUUUCACUGACUCCAACUUGGAAUAAACACUUUCCAGUGGGCAGGGCAGAACUUAACAAGUGUCUUCAAAGUCGAACCAUUGGCAUAUUCAGAAAUAUUCUGUUGCAUUAAUACAGCUGUAGGGGGCCUCACUGGGAUCAUAUGGGAUACCUGGGGAGGGAAUAUUACUGCAUCUUUACGAACUUCACGAUUCAGCCUUUAUCAGCCAUCUUAGCACCACUGCUUUGACCACCAGUGAUAAUCGUCAAGACUGAUGACGUAUGUUCAUGCAAAGCUAUGCUAACCCAAGGUUAGUCAUAGAGAAACUACAGAGAAACUAUUCAAACUGACAAAAUCUUUAAUUGCCCCCGCUAAAUCGUUUAGCUACAAAACAUACACACGCAAUCAUUUGCUGGAGGAUGUUGGCCUAAGCAACACUUUCCAUUGUUCGAGUCUGGUUCAAAUCAGGAUCAACAAUAUAAUCCAAAGUAUUUCUAGUUCCACCUCUGAUAGCACGUGACUUUGGACCACCUAAUCAAAUACCUGAAGGAACCACCACCGGAACACAAUCAGAAGAAACACUCUGAAGCACAAUGUAUAAAGUAAUGACUAUUGUGGCUUGAAUAUAGAUAGAUUACUGAGUAUGAAAAAAAAAUGUUUAUUGAUAUCUGAGAUAAAUAGUACUACUUUGUAAACAUGUUUGAUCUUGUUGAAGAUGAUUGUUCAAUGAUAAAAGUCCCUCUGUAUUAAUGGCGCUUUCCAUCCCUUUCUAAAAGCAUCAUUUGCCAUCCAGCUAACUCACCAGUCUGUUUCCUUCUCUCUGUGACAGCUAGUCAUUUGCCACGGUGCGCGUACGAUCGGCUACUCAGAAAGACACAGAUAGGGAUCCAGCCUUACCAGACAAAUAGUGAACUUCUACUUGCCCUUCUUUAGACUGCAGGGAUGCAUUGAGCAGGGCAUUGUGUUUGGAUGGAAUGUUGAAAUGUACUAAUAUAUUACAAACUAUAUCGAAACAGAUAACAAACAAGAUGGACCCAUAGAAGGAUGCCAUUGGGUUUUGAUAUCGCUGCUCUAUUUCUGAAUUGUGUUACUAACGUUUAUUGGCAUUUGCAUUACAAAACACAGAGAUCUGAUCCUUUUGCAAGUGAGGAACACGCUGUGUCGCUCUAAACUGUGACAAACCUUGCUUGUGCCCAGGGACAGGGAUCUCUUAUAAAAGAAUGAAUAGAAAUACAAAGCCAUAAUGCAUGGAUCUAAGUGAACACGUCUGUGACAAUAACAACAAAAUGCACCCAUAGCCAUUGUUUUACAGUAACAAUGUGCCCGGCUGAAUGCAGUCCACAAUCUUUGAAGAAAGACCCUUCUUAUUCCUACUAUCUCGUGCGCUGGCUGGGCUGGUCUCUGGUGAGACAUCGUGUACGUGAACGUCAUGAUGGUGCCAACUCUGUUUCCUGUUAAUACAUUCCUGGAUGUUCCUGGGACAGCCUGCUCUGCUCUCCUACUCUUCCGCUUGGGUCAUAUAAUGAAAGAGUUGUGCCAUCAAAAAAGCAGACCCUAAUCAUCGCCGUUUCAAUUCUUAGGGUGGGCUUGCUGUUGUUAACUGGCGGCCAACACGAUUCAGGGAAGUGAAGAAAUCCAUAGAGAGAAUCUUUUUUUGAGUGAAUGGUAGGAUAGGCCGGCCAUGUUUGGCUUGAGAGCAGCCUACCUUAACACACCUUCUCUGAGGAGGACGUUUAACACCAGGAUUCAAAAUGUUAGCUAGUAGGAAUCUAGCGCAUUAGAAAUGUUGCCAUGAUCGUAACACUCUUUCUUUCUAUGACUUUCCUAUUUUUCACUUUGAGUGCAUGUAAACUGAAUGUUUAGUAACCUUGCCGUAGUAUUAGGCCAUGCUACUCUUUAAUGAGUUUUGUGUAUUUCUUACCUAAUUUUCUUGUUUGUUUUCUAGUAUUCCUAUUAUGGAGACAAAAUGAUAAUACCUAAUAUAUAUGAUUAUAAAAAUGGCAUAAAAUAAAUACAUUUCACUUUUAUGGCAAUGUUUAAUGAAAUACUACAGUUCAUAUGUAUGUUUAAGCAAAAUGAAAUAUAUAUAUAUAUAUUUGGUCUUAAAAAAAUAUGUCGACAUCUAGAUGAUGUAGAGUGAUGAAUCUCAAUAAAAUUAUUAAACAGA